AUGGAAGACUUUGGCUCCAAGAAACGGAGAAUGCCGCAGCCUGUGGCGGCUCUCACGAAGAAGAAGAAGAAGCAAAGGAUGAUGGCUGGGAACGCCCCUGUGCAGUUUCCCCGACCGCGCGCAGUCGAGGGCAAUGACAAUCCAAACAGACAUUGUUCUGACGGUUCCGAGAAGGUAAUGAAAGCUCGGACCGCCCAACUAUCAAUGAUUUAUGGUAAUGUCGGUUACCCAGAUGUGGAGAGGAUGCUCCGCGUGGAGAAGUUGAAGCAGCGGUUCGCCGACGUGAUCCUGAAGGCAAAGUUGUUGAUACACGGUGAGGCAGACGUUCCAGAAAAGCCGGCGAGCAGACCGGUAAUUAGUUCUGGAAUCUUGCAACAAAGAUCGUCUGUUAAAAAGCCGGCAAGCAGACCGGCAAUCAGUUCUGGAAUCUUGCAACAAAGAUCAUCUGUCGAAAAGCCGGCAAGCAGACCGGCAAUUAGUUCUGAUAUCUUGCGACAAAGAUCGUCCGUUGAAAAGCUGGCAAGCAGACCGGCAAUUAGUUCUGGAAUCUUGCGACAAAGAUCGUCCGUUGAAAAGCCGGCGAGCAGACCGGCAAUUAGUUCUGAUAUCUUGCGACAAAGAUCGUCCGUUGAAAAGCCGCCAAGCAGGCCGGCAACUAGUUCUGGAAUCUUGCGACAAAGAUCGUCCGUUGAAAAGCCAGCAAGCAGACCGGCAAUUAGUUCUGGAAUCUUGCAAAAAAGAUCGUCCAUUGAAAAGCCAGCAAGCAGACCGGCAAUUAGUUCUGGUAUCUUGCAACAAAGAUCAUCCGUUGAAAAGUCGGCAAGCAGACCCGUGAUUAGAUCUGGUAUCUUGCAACAAAGAUCGUCCGUGAAGACAGAACUGAGAAGGGAACUCGAACGGAAAAGAGAGGUGGCUCGAACCAAAGUCGGGAGCAUGAACCAGACAGCAGACCUUGCAGAGAAUUUGGAUGCUUUAAAGGAGCUCAAGAGGGUGUUUGGGCGCUCUCCUUGGGUGAUGGAAGCAUUUCACGGCGCUCGGAGAGAGAACCCGCUGGAGAAACUCGGGUUGUUCUUGAAGGACGCAUCUGUAGAUGAAGAUAUUGAAGCAGACCUACGCGACAGAGAAGAAGGAGAGAUCUACUGA